GUUAGUUGAAAAAUAGCAAAAGAAGCUUCUUAUAAAAAACAAUACAAGAAAAAUGGCUACAACAGGAGGGUCCAUUGCAUCUUUCAGAUGCCCAUCUUCUUAUUUGUGCCAGAAAAGCAGAGCUACCUCAUCAUCAUCACAGGUUGUGAGUGUAAUCUGCCGACGAAGAAACACAUGCUGUUUAGCAGUUCAAGAGCCAUCUACAUCCACAGUUGCUGCUGCUGAGACGAAGGAGGAGAAAGAGGCGGUGGAGGGUGCGAAGCCAAAGCCGAAGCCUAAGCGUGCAGAAAAGGCUCCGGCAAAGCCUCUUCCUGAGAUGAUGGAGGAGGAUGUGAUCCCUUCACUCAAAGCAACUCUUGCAGCCCAACAAGACAUCUCCGAGCUCGAGCUUUCCUUCAGUGAGAACAAGGUAGGGGAAAAAGUGAUUCCUCCCUGCAUUUGUAAGUUGCUGAUUCUUCAUUUUGCUCUGUUUUUUUUACAGUUGGAAGGCUCUUUUGUGAAGAAGGAGAUACCUUAUUCAUUCUGGGCAUUUUUCCCAGAUGGAACUCUCAAUGGGCCAAAGGGUUUCUCCAUAUCCUCAUAUGGGAGAGGAGUUAGCACUGUAGAGCCAUUUCUGGUUGAUGAGAAGAAGCCUACAUCAAAACAUGUUGUCUUUUGGGUUGAGAAGCGUUUAGCUGCUCAAGGCAUUAUCCCUGUUUGGCAAAAGUGGUGAUGCACCAUUUUUUUUUAAUGUAAAUCAAAUCUCUUACUUCCACUUAUCAAUUUUCUCACACCAAAUGUUUUGCUCUUCUGUCUUAAAGGGUGACAAAAUUUGAAAUGUUUAUCUUGAAA